GUACGGUUGAUGUACUUUAUGUAUUCAGUAGGUCUGUUUUUUCUCGUUAUUUAGGUAUGGUUGGUGAACUCUACUUACGUGUUUUGAAGAUGAUGAUAGUCCCUCUGAUCAUAACAGCAAUCAUUUCUGUCACAUCUUCCAUGGACCCGAAAUCUAACGGCCGCAUCAGUGCAGUCUGUGUUGUGUACACUCUCGUCUGUAACUUCGUGCCCAGUAUCAUCGGAUGUGUUCUGUGUAUGGCUAUCGGACCUGGCUACGCAGUCAAGGAUAAAUUCAUGAAAGUGGAACACCAGUCCAAUAAUAGCUCUCCUACGGACACCAGUGAUGUAUUGGCCGACCUUUUACGGAAUUUUUUUCCAGAUAAUAUCAUUGAGGCCACCUUUCUCCAGACACAGACAACGUACACUGUAAAACCAGCUGUGCAAAUUGAGUUUAUAGUAAACGGAACCUUUCCUUUACUGACAGGCACCAGGAUACGACAAAUCUCGACGGUCAGAAGUCCAAAUAUCAUAGGGUUGGUUGUGAUUUGUACCAUGUUCGGGAUAGCAUCUGGCGUUCUCCGUGACGUCAGCAAGCCGUUCCAAGCGUUCUUUAACGCAUCAGGUGAAGUAAUCAUGCAGGUACUGAGGUGGAUCAUGUGGGUAACCCCUAUUGGAGUGGCAAGUCUAAUUGCAAAAACCAUAUGUUCGGCGGAGAACAUAGAAGCUGAUUUCCAGAAGUUGGGAAUGUUCAUUUUGGCGGUUACAACAGGAUUGAUCAUGUGCGGUCUUUUGAUGCCCAUCAGCUAUGCCAUUUUACGGCGGACCAAUCCAUUUACCUUCAUAUUAUCUCUGUCCCAACCCAUAAUGCUGGCGUUUGCAACAGCAAAUUCACCCAUCACCAUGCCUGCUGUGAUGACCAUUCUAGAGACGGAUUGUGCCGUGGACAAGAGAGUGAGUCGAUUUGUCAUGCCAUUUAUAAUGACUCUUGGCCGGACAGGAACAGCCCUCUACAUCGCCAUGUCGGCCAUCUUUGUCUGUCAGUUGAUGGGGACGCUUCUAAACGUAGCUAAUGUUAUGCUAAUAUGUCUUUUGACGACAAUAACAUCAACUGGUGCGCCUCCUGUUCCCUCCUCUGCACUGAUGGCGGUAAUCAUUGUUACAGCAGCGCUUAACAUCCCGACAGAGGCCGUCACUCUGCUCUACACGUUCGACUGGUUUAUAGACCGUAUUCGCUCCAUAGUGAAUUUGCUGUUCCAAGCUUUUGCCGCUGUAUUGACGCAGGACCUGUGUGGCAAGUCCCUGUCAUCGCCACCCAAUGAUAUCUCGGUGUACGAGAGUCUGACAAAGACAUUUCCUAAUAUUGACAAUAGUAUAGAAAUACAUAUUGAUGAAAAUGAAUUGAGGGAACCAUCGGGUAGUUUAUCUGACAUUGCCGACGUUUGAUAACAAUAGAAUUAUAGUAAAGAUGAUAAUUGCAAACAAUUGGACCUGCAUCAGUUUUGUCUAAAGAUGAUAUUAGAAUAUUAGAAUUCAAAAAGCACUAAAAGACGUAUUUCAAAAUCAAAUUCAUAUUUUUUUUUUGGUUAAAUUGUUCAACAAUGGCACAUGCUAGGACUAUGCAUUCUGUUUCGAACUGAUGUAAUAGAUUCAGCGUAUAGAAAUAUUGUAAAAUGCUAAAAUGCUGACAGAAAGUUCAUUUGAAGCGUAGUAAAAUGCGAAAUUUAAACCGUGAUUUAUUUUGGUGACUGACAUUUGCAAAAACCGAAAACGCAAAUUGGUUACGUCGAAGUGGUCAAUAAAUGUCUAACGUAACUCCUGGGUAUUUAUUUUAUAUGGUAAUAAGACGUAUCGAUACAGAACUCAUGAUAUCCGAAGCAAGCUCUUGAAAACCGAAUCUUUGUGAAGCAGGGAUGUUACUAUCGAGAAAGGGAGUUGAAUUCGUACUGCUUAUCGUAUGGGUUAGUAGAAGGCUAUUCCUGUUGGUCUUGUUGCAAGUAAAAAUAAGGAAAUCGGCUAAGUAAAAGAUUCUGCAGUGGUUUAAAUUCAAGUUAAUGAGGGUAUAUACGAUCGCGUUCGUCAAUUCUUGUUUAUUGUUGAACGUGAAAUGGAAGGCUUUGCUAUGAUUUUAUUAUUUGUGCCGAUAAACUCAUCAAAAAAUCCAGCUUCAUUUGGAAACAAAACAUGUUGGUCAAAAGAGGGGCACCGUUUGUUCCUAUACGAAUGCCUACAGUCUGAUGGAAACCACAAUUUAGUCACCGAACCGAACAAAGAUAUUAUCACGUAACCAGGAACUCAAUCAAUCUCACAUUUUAGGCUUGAAACGUCUGGCUAUCACAAUCUAUUUUGUUAUUAAACUAAUAAACCAGUAACA